AUGAAUCAGCGGGAUAGUGCCUUUGAUGCAGCGCUAGCAGAAGAGAUGGAAGUGCAGCGGGCAUCUGUAGCGAUGGAAGGUGGCAUGCCGAGCUGUAUGAAGCUCUUCGAUCGCAUGUUUAGCUGCCAUUCGGUACGAGCACAAGUCAAGGGCUACUACCGGCUUGGGGGCACGCCAGAUUGCUCGUGGCACUAUGAAAACUUCAAAUUCUGUCUGUCUGUCAAAAGCUUACCCAAACCUGAGCGAGAAGAGGAAUGGAUAGCUAGGCGAGCGAGAUGGUGGACCACUCGUCGACUCAAUGGGAGCUCUGAAGACUUUUGGACCACUCGGCCCAUUCAAGCGCACUUGCAAGAGCUGCGCGAGAGUUCUGCAGAGCAAUGA